AAGAGAGCACAGCUCGUCUGAGCACACAAACUGCAAGACAUAAGAAACAAAAAUGGAAUCUGAGAACAAUAAUAUACGAAAAAAUGUUAACAGAUCUGGACCUCGAGCACAGAGACGCCACCAAACUGAUGGAAACGCUGGAAAGUGCAGAGGAAGUAGAUGUUUGAUGUUGAUCACAGUGUGUUUCCAGAUUAUUUGUGUUCUUCUGCUGAUCAACAACAUACUGCUGCACAUCACCAUCAGAGCAGAGAGAGAACUGAUGAAGAGUUACGAGAGCACAGUUGAAGAGUUACAGAACAAUUACACUGAUCUAAUGAAUGAAAAACUGCAGAGCAACUUCAGCUCUUUGAUACAGAAGAACACGGAGCUGGAGACCAGAGUCAACAAUCUCACUGCUGAGAAAACACAGUUACAGACAGAUUUUGAUAAGGAGGGCUCAGUUAGUUUUUUCCUAUCCAAAGAGUUGAAGAGCUGGUCUGACAGCAGACAGUACUGCAGGGAUCGUGGAGCUGAUCUGGUCAUUAUCAAGAGUGAAGAGAAGCAGAGGUUGAUAACUUCAUUAAUCAAAGAUAGAGUGUGGAUUGGUUUGUGUGACACAGAGCAGGAGGGCAUCAUGAAAUGGGUGGAUAAUUCAAUACUGAAUAAAGGGUUUUGGUUCAAAGAAGAGCCGAAUGACCGAGGUGGAAAUGAGGACUGUAUUGCGCUGUUGCCUGAACAAGCUGCACAGGACAACUGGAAUGAUUACCCUUGCUCAUCGAAGAGAAAAGGUGUUUGUGAGAAAUAACGUGUAUCCUGUCUUCACUUACGAAAAAGUAGUAUACUUCAAGUUUAUUUAAGUAAAGUUCAAGUAUAUUUUUAAGUAUACAGUAUGAAGCAAGUAUAUAAAUAUCAGUGUUCCAGUAGUAUACUUGGAAGUGUACUGUUUCAAUACUCCUUGGGACUAAAUCCAAAAUCCAAAUUUUUUUUUUUGUAUAUAAAAGUAUACUUUUAAGUAUACUAUACCAAACUUUGAGUACACUACUAGUUUACCUCUAUGUCUGUAGUUUGUACUGCAAUUAUACUAAAAGUGAACUUAUAGGUAUACUGACAGUUUACGAAUUAAAUACUUUGUACACAAGUGUAGUAUCAGUAAAUUACUAGUUUAGUAGUUUUAUACCAUCAAGUAUACUCAUAAGUUUUCUUUAAGUGAACUUUACAUCAUACUUUAAGUAUACUACUAUGUCCCUAUUUAGGUUUUAAUGCAUAUAUAUUUUGUUGCAUGAAUAUAUGAACAUACAAAACAUCCAAAGAAAGAACAGGGUAUCUGCUUGUGAACUAAAACAUUUUAUUAUGUGUUAGUAUCUGGUGUUUCCUUUCUCUUCUUAAUUUUUUUUUUUUUUUUUUUUUUGAAAAUCUGUGCAGAAGAUGUGUACUAGCGCCCUCUACCGUAUAAUAAUGUAUAUAUGUAAUAAUGUGAGUAUAGCUCAAAUAUAUUUAGAAUUUUUUGUGAGUAUAAGUCAAGUAUACUUAAACGUCAUUUUAAGUUUAUUUCUAAGAACUACAUGUAGCCCAUUUCUGAGAAGUACAUAAAAAGUAAACUAAAAGCAUACUUACCUAUUUUAAGUUCAAAAGAAGUAUAUUAAUAGCACACUUGAAUAAAAUUGUGAAUGCAUAAUUUCUGAUUGAAUACUUGCCUUUUGAAACACUGUCAGCUGAUGUCAAAAUUUGUUAGAGCUGAAAUGUAAAAAUUAAACACUUUUACUUAUUUUACUAUUUUACUAUGUAUCGUUAUUUUCUUAUUGAUAAAAUAAACUUUUAUGUGUUCAUGUUUU